CUAUUACAAUACAUUGGAUUUCUAAAGAUUGGAAACUUCAAAAUAAUUUACUUGACUUUAUAAAUCUUUAUGGUUCUUAUUCUGAUGAAAAUCUUUGUAAUGUUUUUGUAAAAAGUUGUAAUGAAUUUGGAAUUUUAGCAAAG